AGAAUGGAAUUCCGGGAGAAAGUAGUCUUAAUCUAUAAAGAUCUUUGGAGGAGGGCUACAAACAGACCAGGAGGAGGGAGGAGAAGCUGGAAAACUGCCUUCUAACUAACUGCCUGGAGUGCAGUGGCGCGAUCUCGGCUCACCGCAAGCUCCGCCUCCCGCGGGUUCACGCCAUUCUCCUGCCUCAGCCUCCCGAGUAGCUGGGAAUACAUGCGCCCGUGACCACGCCCGGGCUGAUCCCAUAAUGCAUCCUCAAGUGGUCAUCUUAAGCCUCAUCCUACAUCUGGCAGAUUCUGUAGCUGGUUCUGUAAAGGUUGGUGGAGUGGCAGGUCCGUCUGUCACACUACCCUGCCACUACAGUGGAGCUGUCACAUCCAUGUGCUGGAAUAGAGGCGCAUGUUCUUUAUUCACAUGCCAAAAUGGCAUUGUCUGGACCAAUGGAACCCACGUCACCUAUCAGAAGGACACACGCUAUAAGCUAUUGGGUGACCUUUCAAGAAGGGAUGUCUCUUUGACUAUAGAAAAUACAGCUGUGUCUGACAGUGGUGUAUAUUGUUGCCGUGUUGAGCACCGUGGGUGGUUCAAUGACAUGAAAAUCACCAUAUCAUUGGAGAUUGUGCCACCCAAGGUCACGACUACUCCAAUUGUCACAACUGUUCCAACCAUCACAACUGUUCAAACGAGCACCACUGUUCCAACGACAAUGACUGUUCCAACGACAAUGACUGUUCCAAUGACAACAACUGUUCCAACGAUGACUGAUCCAAUGACAAUGAGCAUUCCAACGACAACGACUGUUCCAACGACGACUGUUCCAACCACAAUGACUGUUUCAAUGACAAUGAGCAUUCCAACAACAAUGAGCAUUCCAACAACAACAAGUGUUCCAGUGACAACAACUGUCUCUACCUUUGUUCCUCCAAUGCCUUUGCCCAGGCGGAACCAUGACCCAGUAGCCACUUCACCAUCUUCACCUCAGCCAGCAGAAACCCACCCUACGAUACUGCAGGGAGCAAUAAGGACACAACCCACCAGCUCACCAUUGUACUCUUACACAACAGAUGGGAAUGACACCGUGACAGAGUCUUCAGAUGGCCUUUGGAAUAACAAUCAAACUCAACUGUCCCCAGCACAUAAUCUACAGACGGCCAACACCACUAAAGGAAUCUAUGCUGGAGUCUGUAUUUCUGUCUUGGUGCUUCUUGUUCUUUUGGGUGUCAUCAUUGCCAAAAAGUAUUUCUUCAAAAAGGAGGUUCAACAACUAAGUGUUUCGUUUAGCAGCCUUCAAAUUAAAGCUUUGCAAAAUGCAGCUGAAAAGGAAGUCCAAGCAGAAGACAAUAUCUACAUUGAGAAUAGUCUUUAUGCCACAGACUAAGACCCAGUGGUGCUCUUUGAGAGUUUACGCCCAUGACUGCAGAAGACUGAACAGACAUCAGCACAUCAGACGUCUUUUAGACCCUAAGACAAUUUUUCUGUUUCAGUUUCAUCUGGCAUUCCAACAUGUCAGUGAUACUGAGUAGAGUAACUCUCUCACUCCAAACUGUGUAUAGUCAACCUCAUCAUUAAUGUAGUCCUAAUUUUUUAUGCUAAAACUGGCUCAAUCCUUCUGAUCAUUGCAGUUUUCUCUCAAACAUGAAAACUUUAGAAUUGUAUGUUCUCUUUAGACCCCAUAACUCCUGUAUACAUCAAAGAGAAUAGUCCCUGGAAACAUAGCAAAUGAACUUCUAUCUUGGCCAUCAGAGCUGUCCAGAAGGGGGGAAUCUGUCUUAAAAAUCAGCAAAUCCAAUGUGAGACUUAAUUUGGAAGCACUGUAUGAUUAUCUCUUGUUUCCAUGUUAUACUUCCAAAUGUUGCACUUCCUAUGUUUUCCAAAGGUUUCAAAUCAUGGGUUUUUAUUUCCUCCAUGGGGAAACAAAGUGAGUCUAACUCACAGGUUUAGCUGUUUUCUCACAACUCUGGAAAUGUGAUGGAUUAAGCACUGGAUCUCUGAAUUGGGGUAGCUAUUUUACCAGUUAAAGAGGCUACAAUAGUAUGGAACACAUAGACACCAGGGGAAG